UGUGUACACACCGGCACCACCCUCUUCCCCCUUCUGCCUGUGUGUCACUAAGCUCUGAAACCCUCUCUCACACACAGAAUAUAAAAAAGUUGGCUAAAGUCAGUCUCAGCUCCAAUAGCUACCAGACACCCACAACAACCUCUCUCUCUUUUUAUCGCUCUCUCUCUCUCUCACACACACACACCACCCCUCACUCCUGGCACAGAGAAGACAGGACCACUGGAGAGACCAUACACACCUCCUCCUCCUCCUCCAGUCACUCACCCAGCCAUCGCCAGACGCUAAGCCCAGGAUGUGGACUUUGCUCUUGGGGGUCACCUUUGGAUUACUGGCCUCCUCCAGGUCGGAACCGGCUCAAGCUACAGUAAAAUCACGUAGCUGCAGCCAUGCCGGAGUGUUCCACGUGGAAGGAGAAACUCGCUACUCAUUGACCUUGGACCUAGCCAAGAAGCUGUGUGAGAGCCUGGGUAUCACCAUUGCCAGCAAGGAACAGGUCAUCGAGGCCCAUGCCCAAGGCCUAGAGACCUGCAGAUAUGGUUGGAUCAGCAACGGAAACACCACCAUCCUCAGACAAAAGGCUCGUGUUAACUGUGCAAACAACACCACUGGGGUCUUCUUCCAUCAUGUCUCUCCGGAACAACCCUUUGAUGCCUUCUGUUUCAAUGCAUCAGAUUUGGCUGACAAGAACUGUGAUGCGGCCACCAACCUUGAUUCAACAGGACCAGAGAGUGUUCAGGUGACAGAUGUAGACCUUGCUUCAGAUGCUGCAGGCCCUGAGGAUGGAGCCCAGCCUGAGGCCACCGUCAACCCCGAUCCUGACACCCAGGACACCACCUCCGCCCCUGGAGAAAAGGGAGCAGAGAGCACCACUGAGGUAAUGGAAGCAGUGGACACAGACCAGCCUGCACCCACUGAGGCCAGCCCAGUAAACCCAACAGCAUGGGCUGAGGAUGAUGCUUCAGAAGGGGCAGCCACAGAAAGCUCUGUCAUUAAAGAGCAGGUUGAGGGAAAUGAGACCCAGGAAGCCAGCCCCACGGAGCACCCUGUGAUGGUCACUGAGAUGGAAGAAACCACUGUGUCUGGGAUGUUGCCUUCUGCCUCAGAGGAGGAGGGGGCCUCUUCUAUGGCACCAGCUGUUAAAGAGCCAGGAGAACCACAGGGCCGGGCCAGAGAGGAGGAUUUACAGGAGGAGGUGGAGGUACAAGCCUCCACGCAGCCCAUUCCUAAUGGGAAGAUGAAUCCAGGUAUGGGAGCAGACCCUACUCCAGCUGGGCAGGAGAUCAAUAGCACAUCAAAUUUGCUGAUCAUUGUGGUAGUGCUUGUGGCACUGGUUGCUAUUCUCCUCACGUGUGUUGUUGUGGUCAAGUAUAAGAGCUGGUGCGGUCAGCAGCAGACCCUGAUGAUCACCAACAAGGAUGGGAAUGAGGGUAACGGUGCGGCGGCGUCAGUGGCUAGCUCCCGUGCCCAGGAGAGAGAGCAGGAGAUGGUGACCCUGAUGAAUAAAGAGAAGAUCCAGGAAAACGGAAACACGGAGGAGUUCACCGCCAUCACACUGGAGGAGUCCCCAGAGAAAGAACAGCUAGCGUGAGACAGUAGAGGAGGAGGAGAGUGAGAGAGGCAGAGAGUGUGGGAGGGAGAGAGUGAGGGAGUGAGUGAGUGAGUGAGUGAGUGAGUGAGUGAGUGAGGGAGUGAGGGAGUGAGGGAGUGAGGGAGGGAGGGAGUGAGUGAGUGAGUGAGUGAGUGAGUGAGUGAGUGAGUGAGUGAGUGAGUGAGUGAGAGAAGAACAGGUAUGGGGGUCAUGACACAGGGGCAGGACUAGAGAGAGGCUGGCUGGGAUGGAGAUGGACACUUUGGCCUGGUACCAAGCAGACGGACACGCUGAACAUACCAGCUGGGGUUGGGGUGGUUGCUUUGUAAAUGGAAGGGGUGGGUAAUGCUGUAUUGAUUCUGUUUGUUGUUGUAUUCUGGUGAGCAUGGCUGGUUUGCCCCACCUACUUUUUACUAAGGUUCAACAUCUGAAACUGGACCGACCCUUUCCCUGUCUGUAAGAUGGGCUAGAUAGUCCAUAAAACCAAGACGAGCAAAAUGAUGAUUUAUAGCCUCCUAUGUCACGGUGGUUAGAAUGGGAUAGUUUCCAGACCCAGGGUUUGGACUGAAUUUUCAACAGCAGGGGUGUCAACCCAGGCUUCUGGAAAGACACAGAGAUACAAACCUGUUGAUAUUCACCCCUGCCUUUCAAUCAGGGUCUAAUCUAAAUCUGAGAAAAUCAUACUGGCUUCUCUAGCCAAUAGGUACCAUUAAUUAAUCAUUUGAGUGCCAGGUUGAAAUGAACCCUGCAGACCCUAGAUAACUGGAGGUUGACAAUGACAACCCUGAUCUAAAGCCUGAUGUAUGCUUUUCUCUAAGUGGAGAUGUUGAUGGUGUGUGUGUGUGUGUGUGUGUGUGUGUGUGUGUGUGUGUGUGUGUGUGUGUGUGUGUGUGUGUGUGUGUGUGUGUGUGUGUGUGCGUGUGCGUGUGCGUGCGUGUGCGUGUGUGUGUGUGUGCGUGUGUGUGUGUGUGCGUGUGCGUGCGGAGAGAUAAAGUGCGUUCAUAAAGUUACAGGGAUAUAGGUGGGAGUUUUAAAGGUGGGGGAUAGAGGGGCUUGGAUGCCCUCUAAGUUCAAUAGGAGAUUCAGGUUUGAAGGACAUUGUUGAUAAUGUGUCACUCAAAGCCUUUGAGGCAUUGGGUUGGAAAAUAGACACACGAACCCGCACACUCACAGAAAUGUGAAAACUAAACAGAUGUGGGUGGAUAAUUUGGCUCAAUGUUCAUUGUUUCUGAUGAUGGGUAAAUGUGUGAUGUUGUGGCCCACUGAUGUCGUUUCUUUUGAUAUUAACCUUGUGUAUAUUUCACUUGUUUCCUGUGGAUUGGGGUUUUAUUUUGUUUUUACAAGAAAACACAAUAUUACUAUUUAAAUUUGUGCAGUUUGGAUAUUAUUAUUAUUUUUUGCUUCUGUAAAUAAUGUAUGGAUAUUAUUCCAAAUGGCUUAGAAAUAGUGGUCAAUCAUCUUUUUGGCAUGCACAUGCCCUUUAAUGAUUAAAGAAAAGCUGCCAUAUUUGAGUUAUUUAAUCAAAUGCAGAAUUUAAGGAGGUGUUCAGUUGUGAUAGAGCAUUUGCAGUAGAGUGGAUAUUGUAUGAAUCAACUUGAUGUACAGUAUUCAAGACUGUGCAUUUUAAAUACCUUUAUUAUGAUGUCAAUUAACAUGGUCUGUAUACAUGAUUAAGUCAUGUUGGAUAGCACACAGGAUUGUAUGGAAUAUCAAUAGCUUUCGGAGAAAUGUAGCAAUGCUCAGAUUUGGAUGUUGGGGUUCACAUAUAUUGUACCAUAUAAUUCACUUCAUACUAUAUUGACAGAAGCGUGCAGUCUACAAUGACCUGCAUUGUGUAGUAAUGCAUUAAACUGUGAUGAAUAUCAUCCAAUGGCACCUAACAGAUAGAGCCCUAGGAGUGCUGGAGCACCUGCCCUUUUGCCCUCCUAUGAAACAUGUUCCCUUUUGAUUGGUGGUGUUUUUAAAAACUAGUUUAUUUUUCUCACUUGUAACUUUAAAUGCAAUGAAUUUCUUAUAAAAGUAGAUAAUUUCUCAUGAACUCAUUAAUCUUGAAAAAAAGUCCCCUGCCACCGGAACAGUGCAUUGCUACGCAUGUCGUCAUCACAUGCACAAGCUUCCAACCUGUUCUAAUAUUAUAUUACAAUAUGUAAUAUGCAUAAAUAUUUGCAGUGUACAAACUUAACAUGAUAAACAGGAAUUACAUUUAUGCUAAAUGGUGGCCCAAAAUAACUAUCUGAAAGCCACGCUUCCAAUAAGCCAUGCCUCCAAUCUGAUAGGUUGCCACCUCCACAAUAUAUUAUUAAAAAGGUUCAUAAUUGAACCCCCCCCCAUCACAAAAAGGUUCCGGCUUGAACCUUUAACACAAGGGUUCCUUGAAGACCCUUUUCAGUUGGAAAGGUUUGCCGGUGGGGCAACCCAAACGGUUGUUCCAGUCACCUUUACUUCUAAGACAGUACCUUAGCGCUGAUCAGCUGAUAUAGCCUAACCACCCCAGGAGUAGUUCAGGCUAGCAAAGAAGUAGUGAUUCUUUCUAACUUCCUUUCUGUUUUUUUUUGUAAAAUGAAAAAAAAAUUGAAUCUGGCUACAGGAGCAGUAGAUAUGUAUGAAGGGAAUUAAGGUCAAUUUUUUUAUUUAACUUUGAACACCUGCCCCAUCAAAGGUCUGUGCAUUGCCCAGGCACCCAAUAACAAUUGUUAACUGCCAGCAUAACAACCAAUCUACAACCCUGAGGAGUGACUGCCUCCCUCACUGACAAAACUAUUACAAAUGACCAGGACACACAGAUGUUACAGUAAUGGGCAGUAAAGUAGAACUCCAAGAACAGUUCUGGAUUGUAAUUCUCUGGUUUCCUUUGUAACAAAGGAGCGGAGGCCAUCUUGUUCUGUGGCUUUCCCUUUUAUGUGCAGCAGAUGGAGGGAUCAAAUCAAAUCAAAUGUUAUUUGUCACAUGCUUUGUAAACCACAGGUGUAUAUGAACAGUGAAAUGAUUACUUACGGCCCUUCCCAACAAAGCAGUUAAAAAAUAGUAGAAAUAAUAUAAAAAUAUAAAAAUAUUAACAUGAAAAUAAAUGCACAAUUAGUAACAAUAACUUGUAUGGUUGUGUGUGGGAUGGGGGGUAAUGAAUGCAUGUGUCUCUGGCCAGGAGCUCUGUGUCUCCAUACUGAUCCAGGUCCCAAAGUGCCCAUUGCUCCACACAUCUAAAUGACUACAUAUUCAUCUUUAUGCUGAAUCUUUCAUUCGUAGGCAAAUCACUUCUAUGUGUGGUUGUGUGUGGGUAUUGUGACAGUACAUUUGUCAUGCCUUUUGAGUAAGAGGCAACCGAUUUGAAUCACUCCUUGUGUCCCAAGUUUUUUGAGGGCUUUUUGCCUCCAUUUUUGUUUGCUUUCAUGUGAUUCACUUUGAGAAAAAUUUGUUAAUAAUUUAGUGUAGGAGUGUGAUGAAUUAACAAAACUUUGUUAAUGAUAAAGAUUUGUAAAGUCAUGGAUGAAAUAAAUGUGUAUAGAGGAAAUUA